UCGUGGCACCCAGUGGUGAGUAAAUCUGUGGCACAGAAGCUUGAGCCUAAAAUCAUCUGCAUUAUUCAUUCAGCUCCAUUCGACACAGUGUCUGCAGAAGACUUAAUUAUUUUCCAGCUGUCUGCAAGGGGGGAACCUGUGAAAGCCGUAACUACAAACUGCUGAACCCUUUUAAUGAGCUAUUUGCUGAAGAUAAAACAUCUGAAGUCUAUCUGAAAUUUGAAAAGAAUGUCAUAUAGAUCUAAACUUCCACCGUCCUGGAAUGAUAAACCGCCUCCUCGGAAAGUGGAAAUUGACCUGAGUUCACCUGGACUAGCCGUGUUUGAGUUGGAAAGACUGUUGUUUACCGGAAAGGCCAUCAUUAGCCACGCAGAUGAAGUGUGGCCAAAGCUUUACAUUGGUGACCAGCACAGUGCAGAGAACCAGUCUGAUCUAGCCCUGCAUCGAAUCACUCACAUCCUGAAUGCAGCUCACAGUAAACGUAAAGGACGGCCAGAUAUCUAUGAGGGAAUGAGGAUAACCUACAUGGGCAUAGAGGCUCAUGACUCCUGUGACUUUGACAUGAGCGUCAACUUCCAGGCUGCAGCAGACUUUAUCCACAGGGCUCUCAGCAAAGGAGGCAAAGUGCUGGUGCACUGUCAUGUAGGAGUGAGCCGUUCCGCCACCCUGGUCCUGGCGUAUCUGAUGCUGAAGCAGAACCUGACUCUCGUGGAGGCUAUUUGUGCUGUGAAAGACAAUCGGGGCGUCAUCCCUAAUCGAGGCUUCCUCCGUCAGCUCAUCAAACUGGAUGGGGAGCUCUUUGGCAAACAUGAGUGAAGCCUGUCUUAGUCUUACUAGUCAACUUUUAUGGGUCCAGACACACAUACUAAUUAUAGCAUGAGUAUGCCCCAUAAUGUUAAAAAGGUGCAAAGCGUAGAUUUCAUUUUAAAUAAAUUACGCAGAUGUUAGUUUGAUGUUGUCCUUAAAAGCUCAUGUUAGAUGUGGUGAGGGAAGUCUUUUUUCUAUUCUGUCAGCUUGUACAUGUUAAAUAACAUUAACAAGAUGAAUCUGAUGCAUAUUUUGUACACACCAAAAAAAAUAAAUGCGCAUUUUCUGUAUUGUACAGUAGGAUGUAGGGUAUGGGCUAGAGUUAAUAAACAUAUCAGUGAUA